UGGAGGCUUUCUAGGUUAUCCCCCUCGAACAAACCCUAAAUUGGUUUUUGCCAAUUGAGCAUUUUAGGGUUUCAACUAUUUGAGUAGAUUGUAUACCUCAAAUUUGUUUGCUCCUUUUCAUCUUGAGCUCUAAAGUUGUUCUCAGGUGGGGAGACCAGGGUCUCAAAGCACCAAGAAAGGGGAAAGUGGUCCUAAGUGUUCUAUAAUAAGAAAGAGGAUUCAAGGGUUUAUAAUCUUGGAAGCGACUUUAACAAUCUUAGACUCGUACUCCCAUGGAUCGAUUUGAUGAUUGCAAGGAUGAAAGCAAGAAAGAAACGAUAAUGAUUGGGCUUAGAUGUGAAGCAUGGCAUUGUGAGGGUCCUCUUGGUGAAAGUGCAGGGCCUUUUUCAUUGCCUAUGCUUAAAAUCUGGAGCGAUGUUAACCCUUAUGCUUUAAAAUAUAGGGUUUGGAAGGUAGGAGAAUGCAAAGAUCAAGCAAUCUUCUUGAGGGAUCUUAUUCAUGGGCCCAAUGAACAUUCAAAGGACAAUUUUGAAGUUGCUGAAGAAAAGAAACAAUCUUUGGGGAUUCACCAUAAUGAAUAUAAGAUGGGAGAUGAUGGUUAUGAUGAGCAGAGGGUUGCAAGUAAGGAAAAAAGGUCCUCUAAGAUUGAAUGUGAAGCGUGGCAUUGUUUAGGUCCUCUUAGUGAGAGACCUGGGCCGUUUUCAUUGCCAUUGUUAAGGCGUUGGAGUGAAAUUAAUGCAGGUGCUUCAAAAUAUAAGGUUUGGAAGGUAGGACAAAGUGAAGAACAUGCAAUCCCUUUGAAUGAUGCUAUUUCCCAAAUUUUACCUAUAAAGUCGGAGAAAAAUUGAAGUUCUUUUAUUAA